AUGCCCGACUUACUUCUUCCACCCCCUUACCCGCCACUCAACCCCUCUGGUGCUGGCGGCUGGCGCUGGUGCUGGUUCCUGGUGCUGGCGGCUGGCGCUGGGGCUGGUUCCUGGUGCUGGCGGCUGGCGCUGGGGCUGGUUCCUGGUGCUGGCGGCUGGCGCUGGGGCUGGUUCCUGGUGCUGGCGGCUGGCGCUGGGGCUGGUUCCUGGUGCUGGCGGCUGGCGCUGGGGCUGGUUCCUGGUGCUGGCGGCUGGCGCUGGGGCUGGUUCCUGGUGCUGGCGGCUGGCGCUGGGGCUGGUUCCUGGUGCUGGCGGCUGGCGCUGGGGCUGGUUCCUGGUGCUGGCGGCUGGUGCUGGGGCUGGUUCCUGGUGCUGGCGGCUGGCGCUGGGGCUGGUUCCUGGUGCUGGAGGCUGGCGCUGGGGCUGGUUCCUGGCGCGGUAGCGGGGGGUGCGCAACGAGGGAGGGACGGGGAGGGGCAGGGACGGGUGGCGUACGGGAGGUGGGCGGGGUGUAAGCUGGCUGGCGCGUCGGUUGGGCCGCCACCCUUUUCCCCCUUCCUUCCCCCCCCCCACCGCGACCGUCUCUGCAACCGCGCAGGGCCGGGACGGGUGGGGAAGAGGUGGCGGGGUAGGGAGCUGACGACGGGCGGCGGCGGGUGCUGCUUGCGCAGCCGUCGCGGCUGGCGUUGGUCGGCGAUGACGGAAGGCCGCGACGACCAGCGCGCUGGUCGUCGCGACCUUCGCCAGCGAGCGUGCGACGAGGAGGCGACGCGGGGCAGCGCAUGUGGGCGAACGCGCUGGCAAGCCGCUGGCGAUUUUGCUGGCAUUAUCGCUGGCGCAUGGGCAACAAGCUCGUUGGCGGGUCCGGCGGCGGGUCCGUCGGCGCGUUUGCUGGCGCUCUCGUCGGCGGAACCGACGGCGGGUCUGUCGGCGGGUUUGCAUGCGGGUCCGUCGGCGUUAUCGCUGGUGCGUUCCUGGCGUGCGCGUUGGCGUGCGUUCCUGGUAAUGCGCGGGCGACGGGCUGAAAACGGGAAGAUGCUCACGAGGCGCACUAACGGGCGCGCCAUUGCAAGCACUAAUGGUGGGCCCAUUUGA